AUGGCGGAUGGUGAGAAGGAGACCUCUGCCACUAUCCGACUAAUAAAUAAGGGCUUCGUCCACUGGAUAUGUGCCGAUCAACUUCAAGUGUCGUUCGCUUGCCAAUCCGAUGAGCUCCUCGUCGACGACAAAGAGUUCGAUCUUGAAGGUUGUUCCGCCCCGCGAUUGACCCUUGAUGUGGGCUUCUCUGUUCCCAGUUCACCAUCUCAACCGAUCAAGAAGAGAUCCUCGGAAGUGGGUUCUGGAUCCGAGUCUGACUCCAAAAUCCAAUUCUCCCUUGAACAUGCCUUCGGAGAUUCCGGUUUCUCUCCCGGUGGUUGA